UUACAUUAAAAUACCUGCUAAAACUUGCACUCUACAGAAAGAUUCUUCAACGACCAGGCUUGCUCCUGUGUAUGAAAGUUCAGCCUCAAGUGUGCCAAAACUCAAAUUGGCUAUUGAGGCCAUGAACCGGUGGCGGCGGUCAGUGGGGGAGAUUCAGGCCAGGCGGAGACAGGUGAGCGAGUGCGAGCAGGCGCAGGCUGCCUUGGGCAAGGUGAUCGCCUGCUUCCAACAAAUGACCACCUGCAUGGGGAGCAACACAGACAGCAGCAGCCUAAGGGAGGAGCUGGAGGAAACCAGGACACUGGCUCAUAGGAUAUGCACAGGGCUGCACCGGAGACUGCUCGCCCUGCUGGUAGAGACAGAGCAGGGGCAGGAAGACCGCGAGCAGGUGGAGCGCCUCUGGGUGCUAUUCCUCUGCUGCCUGGAGAGCUUUCAGCAAGACCUGAGGAGAGUCAGUACCCUCGAGGAGAUCUUUCCCCUCACCCAGCGUAAGGACCGACAGGCCCUGGUUAAUACUGGUGCAGUUGGUGGGGGACCGGAGGUGGCGGCUCGGGCCGCCAUAGUGAAGAUGCCCUGGGUGACAGGGGAUGGAGAGCAGAGGCCGGACAUGAGGGGCCAUGUGCUGGAGAUUGACGGUCUGAUCCAGGAGAUGCUGCAGAGAGUAAACAUUCCCCUCUGGUCGGUGGAGCCCAUGCAGAAGGCCUGGGCUGAGGCCUGCAAAGAUGGACAGGAUGAGGAAGACACAUUGGAAGCGAUGAUGGAGGUGGAAGUAGUUUCUCAGGCCAACAGAGCGUUCGGCUGCUGCAGUCAUUCCAACUGCAGAUUAGGGUGCAUUUUCUGUCUGCUCAACUAGAGUGGAAAAUUUAGUGAAGUAAUAUGGAAACUAUAGCUCUGAAACAGAGAAAUCCAGGUUCAAUUCCAGAGUACUCAACAAACAUAAAAUCAGCUCUCUUACCAAAUAGAUAAUUAAACAUUAUUCCUUGGAGAGUAGACAAAC